AUGGGUUUAUACUCACCGCCUGAUGGCUCUAAAAACCCCAACUUGUCUAAAAUAGCGCAUAAGGAGGACCCAGAAAAGCCUGAUGAUGAUAAAUCCAUACAAUUUUAUCCAAGACCUAGUUUAGGACUACGACUUUGGGGACCUCUAGUCCCGGCUUCGGACAAUAGAACCGGCCUUUGGACACUAGUGGGCAUUCAAACGGCAAUCGGACUGUUUUGCUUUAAAAGAUUCAGGACUUUGGGUAGCAAAAUUGUGAAGAGAGAUAUAUCUGAAUUUCCCAGUUUGAACAGGUUUUCCACGAGUCGAGGUGAUAUUUACAUGGGUACACAUCUUGGCACUUCUUUUGGUGGAACACAUUCAUUUCAGAGAAUCGGACGCGAAGGCCCAAGUAGAUUCUUUCAGUCUGCUAAAUUCAAUGCAUUCAAAAGAACAAUUUACUUGCUGAGUGGCUCGCUAUUGCUGAGUCAGUCACUUCUCGAGACUUGUAGGCUCUCUAUUUUGAAAUACGACCCAUGGUACGAGGAAGCACGCUCAGUUCGGGAAAAGCAGUUCUUCAACGACAUUGUUCGCUAUUAUCAUGAAGGCAUUGAUCCCACAAGAUUCAAGGUGAAAGAUGCCGUCAACGGAAACGUCCUACCACUGAAUACACCCGAAGUGAAACAAAGUGUUGCGCUAGCGCGUGCUACUGUUGAGGCUGACAGCUACCUGAUAUCUUGGUUUGGGCCUCUAGAAUACAAGCCUAUGACCUUUACUGAGUAUUUAGACAAGCUCGAAUAUCACCUGGAAAUGACCGACUUUAUUCGGAACCGACACACGAAGGAGACCACAACCCUCUUGCUGGGGCGGGCCGUAUCGCACAAGAAACAAGAGUUGCAGGACCUCAUAAAGAAGAAUUCCCAAACGAAGCAACUUGUGCACUCCCUCAUGGAGUCAGCUCCAAAACACAGCAUGCCCGUUUCUAACGGUCCCCGCCAAACGGCGUUCAAAGGCCUCAUUUUUGAUUCCAGCCUUCAAGAUCCACAAGACAUUGACCUGGCGGAAACUUGGUCUGCUUUCAACCCAUGGUUGGACUUGGCAUUAGAAACUUCGCUAAGCAUCAAAUUUCUGCCGACUGUUUUGAUGUCAGAGGAAAAUGCGACAGACAACAACGAUAAUCAACCCGUCGACAAAAAUGAUUGGAAAGAUCCUAGUACUGAUCCAAAUAAUCGCUGA